UUUGACCAUCCCUCCCCCGCCCCUCAUCAGCAAACUAGGGAGUACUUCACCAUUGCUUUGUUAAAGUAACAAUGCGAGAGCUUGUCUAUACGUUUGGCCAAAACGCGUCCUCCAACAGUGUACGUCCUAAUCCCUUCAUUUAUCUUCCCACAUCCACCCUCCUUCCAGCAAAUAAACCUCGGAACUCAGUUGAAAUCUGUCACUUACUUCGCUCCUCCUACCAGCGGCCUAUUGCUUCUGCCCUCCCCAGUGAACCCAACCUAGUUCCUCUUCCCAGUCCUCCCAUUUCUCAAGAAAGACAACCACCUCUGUUUUUUUCAGGGCUUUAAGUGCUAGGUGUGGUUUCUUCCUCCGCAACCAGCGACCCUCCGUGCCUCCCCACCCAGGACGGACCUCCACCUCGGGAACCGCCGACCGCGCAGCGGCCCCAGGACCCGCAGCCACCCUCUCCCCGGAGCACUACUUCCGGAUCUCGGGUGUUUCCCCUUUACGGUUCCCUCCACCCGCUCAGACACCUCCUAGAUCCUUAUACUAACUAGCAGGGUCGCAGCUGGGACCCUGGCUAGCCGAACGCAACAGUUCUUCUCCACGAAGACGCGCAAAGUAGCUUCUCCAGCCUGAGAAAUCCGGUUCGGCUGCGUAGAGUGGCGGCCGUGGAGGGACACUUUGUUUUGAACACCAAGUAGGGCACACCCGGAAGUGGCGCGGUACAGGAGCAGCGCUGCCGCCGGGGGUGGGUGCCAGGGACCUGGAGGUGGAGGGGACGCGGCGAUACUCUGGCGUCUUCCGACUUUGACUCCUUACCUUAAAAGAUGCUGGAGUCAUACGUAACUCCGAUUUUAAUGAGCUAUGUGAAUCGCUACAUCAAGAACUUAAAGCCGUCGGAUCUACAGCUUUCGCUAUGGGGUGGAGACGUCGUACUUAGCAAGCUCGAGUUAAAGUUGGAUGUGCUGGAACAGGAACUGAAAUUACCAUUCACUUUUUUGAGUGGACAUAUUCAUGAAUUAAGGAUUCAUGUACCAUGGACAAAACUGGGUUCAGAACCAGUGGUAAUUACCAUCAAUACUAUGGAAUGCAUUUUGAAACUUAAGGAUGGGAUACAGGAUGACCAUGAAAGCUGUGGUUCUAAUUCCACCAACCGUAGUACUACUGAGAACACAAAAUCAUCAAUCAAACCACGGAGAAUUCAGCAGGCUGCUCCUACAGAUCCUGACUUACCACCAGGUUAUGUGCAGAGUCUGAUUAGACGAGUUGUAAAUAAUGUAAACAUUGUGAUAAAUAAUCUCAUAUUAAAAUAUGUUGAAGACGAUAUCGUUCUUUCAGUCAACAUCACUUCUGCAGAAUGUUACACAGUAGGUGAAUUAUGGGAUCGUGCAUUCAUGGAUAUUUCUGCAACUGAUUUGGUGCUGAGAAAGGUUAUCAAUUUUUCUGACUGUACAGUUUGUCUUGAUAAACGGAAUGCCAGUGGUAAAAUAGAAUUUUACCAGGAUCCUUUAUUGUACAAAUGUUCCUUCAGAACUCGUCUUCAUUUUACAUAUGAUAACCUAAAUUCCAAGAUGCCAUCUGUUAUUAAAAUUCAUACUUUAGUAGAAAGUUUGAAACUUUCUAUCACAGAUCAACAACUGCCUAUGUUUAUUCGUAUAAUGCAACUUGGAAUUGCUCUUUACUACGGAGAAAUAGGCAGUUUUAAAGAAGGUGAAAUAGAGGACCCUACUUGUCAUAAUAAAGAUAUGCUAGGAAACAUUACAGGUUCUGAAGAUGAAACAAGAAUAGAUAUGCAAUAUCCUACUCAGUAUAAAGGUCAAGAGUUAUAUUCACAGCAAGAUGAGGAGCAGCCACAGGGAUGGGUAUCAUGGGCCUGGUCCUUUGUGCCUGCAAUUGUGAGUUAUGACGAUGGCGAGGAAGACUUUGUUGGGAAUGAUCCUGCAUCAACCACGCAUCAGCAAAAAGCACAGGCUUUGAAGGAUCCUAUUGUUUCUAUAGGAUUUUAUUGCACAAAGGCAACGGUGACUUUCAAACUCACAGAAAUGCAAGCUGAGAGUAGUUAUUACAGUCCACAGAAAGUAAAAUCUAAAGAAGUAUUGUGUUGGGAACAAGAAGGAACUACAGUUGAGGCCCUUAUGAUGGGAGAACCUUUCUUUGAUUGCCAGAUUGGGUUUGUUGGUUGCAGAGCCAUGUGCCUUAAAGGAAUUAUGGGUGUUAAAGAUUUUGAAGAGAAUAUGAAUAGAAGUGAAACUGAAGCCUGUUUCUUCAUUUGUGGUGAAAAUUUGAGUACUAAAGGUUUCACAUACCUUACAAAUUCAUUGUUUGAUUACCGAAGCCCAGAAAAUAAUGGUACUCGUGCAGAGUUUAUCUUGGAUUCAACUCAUCAUAAGGAGACAUACACUGAGAUAGCUGGAAUGCAACGGUUUGGGGCUUUUUAUAUGGAUUACCUGUAUACAAUGGAGAACACUAGUGGCAAAGGUUCCACAAAUCAACAAGACUUUUCUUCAGGGAAAAGUGAAGAUUUGGGAACAGUUCAGGAGAAGUCCACCAAAAGCCUUGUUAUAGGUCCUCUUGAUUUUCGUUUGGAUAGCAGUGCAGUGCAUAGGAUUUUGAAAAUGAUUGUGUGUGCCUUGGAACAUGAAUACGAACCAUAUAGCAGGCUAAAAUCAGAUAUUAAGGAUGAAAAUGAAACAAUACUGAAUCCUGAAGAGGUAGCUUUUCUAGAGGAAUAUAUUCCUACUCGACAUACAAGUGUUACUCUCCUCAAAUGUACCUGCACAAUUUCCAUGGCUGAAUUCAACUUGCUGGACCAUUUGCUACCUGUCAUUAUGGGAGAAAAGAACUCAAGUAACUUCAUGAACACUACAAACUUCCAGUCUCUUCGGCCUUUGCCAUCCAUUCGAAUAUUGGUGGAUAAAAUUAAUGUGGAACAUUCAGUGCCGAUGUAUGCUGAACAGUUGGUGCAUGUGGUCAGCAGCCUUACUCAGCCUUCUGAUAACCUGCUUCAUUAUUGUUAUGUACACUGCUAUCUUAAGAUAUUUGGUUUCCAGGCAGGACUGACAUCUUUGGAUUGCAGUGGAUCUUACUGCUUACCUGUACCAAUUAUUCCCUCUUUCAGCACUGCUCUUUAUGGUAAACUUCUGAAACUCCCCACGUACUGGACCAAAAGAUCUCAGAUUGCUAUAACUGAAGGUAUAUUUGAACUUCCAAAUCUCACAAUUCAAGCUACAAGAGCACAGACACUUCUCUUGCAAGCAAUAUAUCAAAGUUGGUCUCAUCUUGGAAGUGUCAGCUCUUCUGCAGUGAUUGAAGCUUUGAUAAAUGAAGUCUUCCUAAGUAUAGGUGUGAAAUCUAAGAAUCUCCUGCCAACUCUUGAAGGCUCAAUCCAGAAUGUUGAAUUGAAGUACUGCAGCACAUCAUUGGUCAAAUGUGCCUCUGGGACCAUGGGAUCAAUAAAAAUUUGUGCCAAAGCCCCAGUUGAUAAUGGAAAAGAGAAGUUGAUUCCCUUGCUUCAGGGUCCUUCCGACACUAAAGACCUUCAUGGCACCAAGUGGCUCAAUGAGAGUAGAAAGCCAGAGUCUCUCUUAGCUCCAGAUUUGAUGGCCUUCACAAUCCAAGUUCCACAAUAUAUUGACUACUGCCACAAUUCUGGUGCUGUACUUCUUUGCAGUAUACAAGGACUAGCAGUUAAUAUUGACCCAAUCUUAUAUACAUGGCUCAUCUAUCAGCCUCAGAAACGAACAAGUAGACAUAUGCAACAGCAGCCUGUGGUAGCUAUUCCUCUUGUUAUGCCAGUUUGUAGAAGGAAAGAGGAUGAGGUGUCUAUUGGAAGUGCACCCUUGGCAAAGCAGCAAUCAUAUCAGGCCUCUGAAUAUGCCAGCAGCCCUAUAAAAACAAAAACGGUAACAGAAUCCCGCCCAUUGUCAGUUCCUGUUAAAGCCAUGUUGAAUAUAUCUGAAAGCUGUAGAAGUCCUGAAGAAAGAAUGAAGGAAUUUAUUGGAAUAGUUUGGAAUGCAGUGAAGCAUCUCACACUACAGCUUGAAGUACAAUCUUGUUGUGUGUUUAUUCCAAAUGAUAGCCUGCCUUCCCCAAGUACAAUUAUAUCUGGUGACAUUCCUGGAACAGUGAGAAGUUGGUACCAUGGACAAACCAGUAUGCCAGGAACACUUGUCCUCUGUUUGCCUCAAAUAAAGAUUAUUAGUGCUGGGCACAAGUACAUGGAACCUCUUCAGGAGAUUCCAUUUGUUAUCCCACGACCCAUCCUCGAAGAAGGUGAUGCUUUUCCUUGGACGAUCAGCUUACAUCAUUUCAGCAUAUAUACCCUUCUUGGAAAACAAGUGACACUUUGCCUAGUGGAACCUAUGGGUUGCACCUCCACUCUAGCUGUCACGUCUCAAAAACUACUUGCUACGGGACCUGAUACACGACAUUCAUUUGUUGUCUGUCUCCAUGUUGACCUAGAGUCACUAGAGAUAAAAUGCUCUAAUCCCCAGGUCCAGCUUUUCUAUGAACUAACUGAUACCAUGAAUAAGGUCUGGAAUAAGAUUCAGAAGAGAGGCAAUCUCAACCUAUCUACAGCCUCUCCAGAGACCAUGGCAGGGCCUGUUCCUACUUCUCCAGUUAGAAGCAGUAUAGGCACGGCUCCUCCAGAUACCAGCACAUGCAGCCCAUCUGCUGACAUUGGGACUACUACUGAGGGAGAUUCUAUACAAGCAGGUGAGGACUCACCAUUCUCAGAUUCUGUCACCUUGGAACAAACUACAAGUAAUAUUGGCGGAACCAGUGGACGUGUUAGUUUAUGGAUGCAGUGGGUGCUUCCCAAAGUUACUGUAAAGCUCUUUGCUCCAGAUCCUGAAAAUAAAGGCACAGAGGUUUGUAUGGUCUGUGAACUAGAAGAUCUCAGUGCUUCCAUAGAUGUCCAGGAUGUAUAUACCAAAGUGAAAUGUAAAAUAGAGAGUUUCAAUAUUGAUCACUAUAGAAGCAGCCUUGGGGAAGAGUGUUGGUCUUUGGGGCAAUGUGGAGGUGUCUUCCUUUCCUGUACUGACAAGCUGAACAGACGCACCUUGUUGGUUCGACCCAUCAGCAAGCAGGACCCUUUCAGUAAUUGCUCUGGCUUCUUUCCUUCUACAACUACAAAACUUCUAGAUGGCACUCAUCAGCAGCAUGGAUUCCUCUCUCUGACAUACACAAAAGCUGUAACAAAAAAUGUCCGUCACAAGUUAACAUCAAGAAAUGAGCGAAGAAGUUUUCAUAAGUUAUCUGAAGGCUUAAUGGAUGGUUCUCCUCAUUUUCUUCAUGAAAUUCUUCUUUCAGCACAAGCUUUUGAUAUUGUUCUUUAUUUUCCUUUACUUAAUGCCAUUGCAAGUAUAUUUCAAGCAAAACUACCAAAGACCCAAAAAGAGAAAACAAAAUCUCCUGGUCAGCCCAUGAGGACCCAUACACUGACAUCCCGCAAUUUACCUUUGAUUUAUAUCAACACAAGUGUAAUCAGAAUUUUUAUUCCAAAAACAGAAGAAAUGCAGCCAACUGUUGAAGUUAAUCAGGCAGCAAAAGAAGACACCGUGGUUUUGAAGAUUGGCUCUGUUGCCAUGGCUCCCCAGGCUGACAAUCCCCUUGGCAGAUCUGUCCUUAGGAAAGAUAUUUACCAGAGAGCCUUGAACUUAGGAAUUCUUCGAGAUCCUGGAUCAGAAAUCGAAGACAGACAAUACCAAAUAGACCUGCAGUCUAUCAAUAUUGGUACUGCACAAUGGGAUCAACUAAAACCAGAGAAGGAAAGUGUCUCAGGAGGGGUGCUAACAGAGACUGAAAGGAAUUCUCAAAAUCCAGCCCUUGAGUGGAAUAUGGCCAGCAGCAUACGGCGGCAUCAAGAAAGGAGAGCAAUUUUGACUCCCAUUUUGACAGAUUUUUCUGUCCGAAUAACUGGAGCACCGGCUAUCAUUUUCACCAAAAUCAUUUCUCCAGAAAAUCUGCAUACUGAGGAGAUUUUAGUGUGUGGCCAUUCCUUAGAAGUGAAUAUAACCACAAACCUGGACUUCUUCCUAAGUGUGGCUCAAGUUCAACUCUUACAUCAGUUAAUAGUAGCAAAUAUGACUGGACUGGAACCAUCAAACAAGGCUGCAGAGAUCUCUAAACAAGAACAGAAAAAAGUGGAUACAUUUGAUGGAGGCAUGGCUGAAACCUCAUCUCGGUACAGUGGUGCUCAGGAUAGUGGAAUUGGCAGUGACAGUGUUAAAAUCAGAAUAGUGCAAAUAGAGCAGCACAGUGGUGCCAGCCAGCAUCGCAUUGCCCGUCCCUCACGCCAGUCAUCAAUUGUAAAAAAUCUAAAUUUUAUUCCCUUUGACAUAUUUAUUACUGCAAGUAGAAUCUCACUAAUGACCUAUUCCUGUAUGGCCUUAUCCAAAUCGAAAUCACAAGAACAGAAGGAUAAUGAAAAAACAGACAAGAGUUCAUUAAAUCUCCCAGAAGUUGAUUCAGAUGUUGCUAAGCCCAACCAGGCAUGUAUUUCCACAGUGACAGCAGAAGAUCUCUUAAGGAGCAGCAUUUCUUUUCCUUCAGGGAAAAAAAUAGGGGUCCUCUCUCUUGAAAGUAUUCAUGCAUCCACAAGGUCAUCUGCUAGACAAGCACUUGGUAUAACUAUUGUUCGGCAGCCUGGUCGAAGAGGAACUGGUGACUUACAGCUAGAACCUUUUCUGUACUUUAUUGUGUCCCAGCCUUCCUUGCUUCUGAGUUGUCACCACAGAAAGCAGCGAGUGGAAGUAUCCAUUUUUGAUGCUGUGCUUAAAGGGGUGGCCUCUGAUUACAAAUGUACAGAUCCUGGGAAGACUCUGCCUGAAGCCCUUGAUUAUUGCACUGUUUGGCUACAAACAGUGCCUGGAGAAAUAGACAGCAAAAGUGGUAUUCCACCUUCCUUUAUAACACUACAGAUUAAAGACUUUCUGAAUGGACCAGCGGAUGUCAAUUUGGAUAUAUCAAAGCCUUUGAAAGCAAACCUGAGUUUCACCAAAUUGGAUCAGAUACACCUUUUUUUAAAGAAGAUAAAAAAUGCACACAGUUCGGCACAUAAUGAAGAGACUUCAGCCAUGUCCAACACCAUGGUGAAUAAGGAUGAUCUUCCAGUCUCCAAAUAUUACCGUGGAAAGCUGUCUAAACCCAAAGUUCAUGGUGAUGGAGUGCAAAAGAUUUCAGCUCAAGAAAACAUGUGGAGAGCUGUUUCCUGCUUUCAAAAAAUUUCUGUUCAAACUACUCAGAUUGUGAUCUCCAUGGAAACUGUACCCCAUACCAGUAAACCAUGCCUGUUAGCAUCUCUCUCAAACCUCAAUGGAAGCCUUAGUGUCAAAACAGCACAAAAAGUACCUGGCGUAAUUCUUGGGUCAUCAUUUCUACUCACUAUAAACGAUUUUCUCCUUAAAACAAGUCUCAAAGAAAGAAGCCGCAUUCUGAUAGGACCAUGUUGUGCUACUGCCAAUCUGGAAGCUAAAUGGUGUAAACACAGCGGCAAUCCAGGCCCGGAGCAAUCCAUACCAAAAAUAUCCAUUGACUUAAGAGGAGGUCUGCUACAGGUCUUCUGGGGUCAAGAACAUUUGAAUUGUUUAGUUCUUCUACAUGAAUUACUCAAUGGAUACCUUAGUGAGGCGGGAAAUUUUGAAGUACAAGUUUCUGAACCAGUACCUCAAAUGUCAUCUCCUGUGGAAAAGAAUCAGACAUUUAAAAGUGAACAAACUUCAGAUGACCUACGGACAGGUCUAUUUCAAUAUGUACAGGAUGCUGAAUAUUUGAAAUUGCCUGGGGUCUAUGAAGUCUUAUUUUAUAAUGAAACUGAAGAUUGCCCAGGGAUGAUGUUAUGGAGAUACCCAGAACCUAGAGUGCUCACCCUUGUACGAAUAACUCCUGUGCCUUUUAACACCACAGAGGAUCCAGAUAUUAGCACAGCAGACCUUGGUGAUGUGCUACAGGUUCCUUGUAGCUUGGAAUACUGGGAUGAACUCCAGAAGGUUUUUGUUGCAUUUAGAGAAUUUAGUCUGUCUGAAAGCAAAGUUUGUGAACUGCAGUUGCCGGAUGUCAAUCUUGUGAAUGACCAGAAGAAAUUAGUAUCUUCAGAUCUUUGGAGAAUUGUCUUGAACAGCAGUCAAAAUGGAGCUGAUGACCAAAGCUCUGCAAGUGAGUCUGGUUCUCAAAGCACUUAUGAUCCACUUGUGACUCCAACAGCCCUGGCUGCCUGUACCAGAGUUGACUCCUGCUUUACCCCAUGGUUUGUCCCAUCCCUUUGCGUUUCCUUCCAGUUUGCACACCUGGAAUUUCAUCUUUGUCAUCACCUUGACCAACUAGGCACAGCUGCACCACAGUACCUACAGCCAUUUGUUUCUGAUAGAAAUAUGCCAUCUGAACUAGAAUACAUGAUUGUUUCCUUCAGAGAACCACACAUGUAUCUUCGACAGUGGAAUAAUGGUUCUGUCUGUCAGGAGAUCCAGUUCUCAGCUCAAGCAGACUGUAAACUUCUAGAGUGCAGAAAUGUCACUAUGCAAAGUGUGGUAAAACCCUUCAGCAUCUUCGGGCAGAUGGCAGUUUCCAGCGAUGUAGUAGAAAAGCUGCUUGACUGCACCGUGAUAGUUGAUUCUGUAUUUGUAAACGUUGGACAGCAUGUAGUCCAUUCUCUAAACACUGCAAUACAAGCUUGGCAACAGAACAAAUGCCCUGAGGUAGAGGAGUUGGUCUUCAGCCAUUUUGUGAUCUGUAAUGACACACAGGAGACACUGCGGUUUGGCCAGGUGGAUACUGAUGAAAAUAUUCUGCUGGCGAGUCUCCACAGUCACCAGUACAGCUGGCGCUCUCACAAAUCCCCACAGCUGUUACACAUCUGUAUUGAAGGUUGGGGCAACUGGCGUUGGUCAGAGCCUUUCAGUGUGGACCAUGCCGGGACUUUUAUUAGAACAAUUCAGUACAGGGGUCGAACUGCUUCUCUCAUCAUCAAGGUUCAGCGACUCAAUGGAGUACAAAAACAGAUUAUCAUCUGUGGAAGACAGAUCAUCUGUAGUUACUUGUCUCAAAGCAUAGAACUAAAAGUCGUUCAGCAUUACAUUGGUCAAGAUGGACAAGCUGUAGUUCGGGAACAUUUUGACUGCCUCACAGCCAAACAGAAACUGCCUUCAUAUAUACUAGAAAACAAUGAACUGACAGAGCUGUGUGUGAAGGCCAAAGGAGAUGAAGACUGGUCAAGAGAUGUGCGCCUGGAAUCCAAAGCCCCUGAAUACAGCAUUGUCAUUCAGGUGCCAUCUUCAAACAGUUCCAUUAUUUAUGUCUGGUGCACAGUUUUGACUUUAGAACCCAACUCUCAAGUGCAACAACGAAUGAUUGUGUUCAGCCCUCUUUUUAUCAUGAAGAGUCAUCUUCCAGACCCCAUUAUCAUACAUUUGGAGAAAAGGAGUCUGGGAUUGAGUGAAACACAAAUUAUUCCAGGAAAAGGGCAGGAAAAACCACUGCAAAACAUAGAACCUGACCUUGUACAUCACCUGACAUUCCAAGCAAGAGAAGAAUAUGAUCCUUCAGAUUGUGCAGUUCCCAUCUCAACAUCCCUCAUUAAGCAAAUAGCCACUAAGGUACACCCUAGAGGCACAGUUAAUCAGAUCCUUGACGAAUUCUAUGGGCCAGAAAAGUCGCUUCAACCCAUAUGGCCCUAUAAUAAGAAGGAUUCUGACAGGAAUGAACAGCUAAGUCAGUGGGAUAGCCCAAUGCGAGUGAAGCUGUCAAUCUGGAAGCCAUAUGUUAGAACUUUGUUGAUAGAACUUCUGCCCUGGGCCCUGCUUAUCAAUGAGUCCAAAUGGGACCUCUGGCUAUUUGAAGGAGAGAACAUUGUUCUACAGGUUCCUGCUGGCAAAAUUAUUAUUCCUCCUAAUUUUCAGGAAGCUUUUCAAAUUGGAAUAUACUGGGCAAAUACAAACACUGUGCACAAGUCAGUAGCAAUUAAACUGGUCCAUAACCUGACAUCUCCAAAGUGGAAAGAUGGAGGUAAUGGUGAAGUUGUGACAUUGGAUGAAGAAGCAUUUGUUGAUACUGAAGUAAGACUUGGUGCUUUUCCAGGACAUCAGAAGUUAUGUCAGUUCUGCAUUUCCUCCACGGUACAGCAAGGUAUACAAAUUAUUCAGAUUGAAGACAAGACUACAAUAAUCAACAAUACACCAUAUCAAAUAUUUUAUAAACCACAGCUAUCUGUCUCCAGUCCCCUUUCUGGAAAGGAGUAUUUUCAUGUUCCAGACAGUGCUACUUUUAGCAUUUGCCCAGGUGGAGAGCAGCCUGCUAUGAAAUCCAGCUCCCUUCCUUGCUGGGACUUGAUGCCUGCCAUUAGUCAGUCAGUGCUGGAUGCAUCCCUGCUUCAGAAACAGAUCAUGCUGGGCUUUUCUCCUGCCCCAGGUGCUGACAGCUCACAGUGCUGGAGCCUGCCAGCUAUAGUUAGACCAGAGUUUCCCAGACAGAGUGUGGCAGUACCCCUUGGGAAUUUCCGGGAAAAUGGAUUCUGUACCAGGGCUAUAGUGCUGACAUAUCAAGAACACCUUGGAGUGACUUACUUAACCCUCUCAGAAGACCCUAGUCCUCGAGUAAUUAUCCACAACAGAUGUCCAGUAACAGUGCUUAUAAAGGAAAACAUUAAAGAUAUUCCGAAGUUUGAGGUUUAUUGCAAAAAAAUUCCCUCCGAGUGCUCAAUUCAUCAUGAACUGUAUCAUCAGAUUUCCAGUUAUCCGGACUGCAAGACCAAAGACUUACUUCCGAGCCUCCUUUUGAGAGUUGAACUGCUAGAUGAAGUAACAACUGAGUGGAGUGAUGCCAUCGACAUCAACAGUCAGGGAACACAGGUUGUGUUCCUGACUGGCUUUGGCUAUGUGUAUGUGGACACUGUACAUCAGUGUGGCACAGUCUUCAUCACUGUGGCCCCAGAAGGAAAAGCAGGACCUAUUUUAACCAACAGCAAUAGAGCCCAGGAGAAGAUUGUUACAUUCAAAAUGUUUAUCACUCAGUUGAGUCUGGCAGUGUUUGAUGACCUCACCCACCACAAAGCAUCACCUGAGCUUCUGAGACUCACACUGGACAAUGUUUUUCUCUGCAUGGCCCCGGGAGCUGGUCCCCUCCCUGGGGAAGAGCCUGCGGCUGCGCUGUUUGAACUUUACUGUGUGGAGAUCUGCUGUGGGGACCUGCAGCUAGACAACCAGCUUUAUAACAAAUCCAAUUUCCACUUUGCUGUCUUAGUCUGCCAGGGAGAAAAAGCAGAACCCAUUCAGUGUUCUAAAAUGCAGAGUCUCCUCAUAUCUAACAAAGAGCUGGAAGAAUACAAGGAAAACUGUUUUAUCAAACUUUGCAUCACCUUAAAUGAAGGCAAGAGCAUCCUCUGUGAUAUUAACGAGUUCAGCUUUGAAUUAAAACCUGCUCGGUUGUAUGUGGAAGACACAUUUGUAUACUACAUCAAGACUUUGUUUGACACUUACCUUCCUAACAGCAGGUUGGCUGGUCACUCCACGCACCUGUCUGGGGGUAAACAGAUGUUGCCCGUGCAGGUCACACAGCACGCCAGGGCCUUGGUGAAUCCUGUGAAGUUACGGAAACUGGUGAUCCAGCCAGUGAAUUUGCUCGUCAGCAUCCAUGCUUCCCUCAAGCUGUACAUAGCCUCAGACCACACUCCUCUCUCCUUCUCGGUGUUUGAAAGAGGACCCGUCUUCACCACUGCAAGGCAGCUUGUGCACGCCCUGGCAAUGCACUAUGCCGCGGGGGCCCUUUUCAGAGCAGGCUGGGUAGUUGGGUCUCUGGAGAUUAUUGGCAGCCCUGCAAGCCUGGUGAGAAGCAUCGGGAACGGGGUCGCCGACUUCUUCAGGCUUCCGUACGAGGGGCUGACCCGGGGCCCCGGAGCCUUCGUGAGUGGCGUCUCCAGAGGGACUACAUCGUUUGUAAAGCACAUCUCCAAAGGCACCCUCACAUCCAUCACCAACCUGGCCACAAGCCUGGCCCGGAACAUGGACCGGCUCUCACUGGAUGAGGAGCACUACAACCGGCAGGAGGAGUGGCGGCGGCAGCUCCCCGAGAGCCUGGGCGAGGGGCUUCGACAGGGCCUGUCCCGGCUGGGCAUCAGCCUGCUUGGUGCAAUUGCUGGUAUAGUCGAUCAGCCGAUGCAGAACUUCCAGAAAACAUCUGAGGCACAUGCUUCAGCAGGACACAAGGCCAAGGGUGUCAUCUCAGGUGUGGGGAAAGGAAUCAUGGGGGUGUUCACAAAGCCCAUCGGAGGAGCUGCUGAGCUGGUGUCACAGACUGGUUACGGUAUUUUACAUGGAGCUGGACUUUCUCAGCUUCCCAAACAGCGCUAUGAGCCAAGUGAUCUACAUGCUGACCAGGCUCCAAACAGCCAUGUCAAAUAUGUCUGGAAAAUGCUUCAGUCUCUGGGCAGACCAGAAGUCCACAUGGCCCUGGACGUGGUUUUGGUGAGGGGCUCAGGCCAGGAGCAUGAAGGGUGCUUGCUGCUGACAUCAGAAGUGCUCUUCGUGGUGAGUGUCAGCGAGGACACACAGCAGCAGGCUUUCCCCGUCACAGAAAUCGACUGUGCACAGGACAGCAAGCAGAACAGCCUACUCACAGUGCAGCUGAAGCAGCCAAGAGUGGCCUGUGAUGUGGAGGUAGAUGGAGUCCGAGAGAGACUGUCAGAGCAACAGUACAACAGACUUGUGGACUACAUCACAAAGACAUCUUGUCACCUGGCCCCUAGCUGUUCUUCCAUGCCAAUACCAUGCCCUGUGGUGGCUGCAGAACCUCCCCCCUCCACUGUUAAAACAUACCAUUACUUGGUUGAUCCACAUUUUGCUCAGGUCUUCCUUAGUAAAUUUACCAUGGUGAAAAAUAAAGCCCUGAGGAAAGGGUUUCCUUGAGUCCCCUCUGAGGUAUUGAUUCGUACUUGUGUGAUUUAGUUUUUGGGUUUCUUUGAGACAGGGUCUCACUACAUUGCCCAUGCUGACAUCAAAUUCUGUGGUUCAAGCAAUCCUCCCACCUCAACCCACAAGUAGCUAGGACUGCAGACACAUGCCAACAUACAGGGCUGCAUUUUUUUAAAAAAGCCUAGGCAGCUCUAACAUCUGAUAUGGACACAAGGCCAACAGUUUCCUUAUUUAGAUCCUUACCGCUAAAAGAUACUUCAAAGUGACAAAACCGUGUUCCUUUCCCACUUACAGACAAUGAUUAGCAGGUCCCUUACCACAUACAGAGGAUGCAUUUCUUUUUGCUCUACGACACUUGCAAAAAUUUCUACUGUAAUUUGGAUCUAUUAACGUUCCAUCACAGAAUGUGGCCAGGCCUUACAAUGGAGAGCCAGAGUUAAAACUUAAAAGUUGCAUCUGUUUUUGGGCUGAGUCACCACGUUUGCCUCAUGCUCUUUGGUCUGGAAAGGCCUAGGAUUCUUUAAAUGAAAUGCUUAGGACUUUGUGGCUUAUUACAUUUGUCACUUAACUGCAAUGCUGUUCUUUGAUUGAAAGCUGCUAUGUGUAUUUUCUCUGAAAAAGCAUUUUACUAAAAUUUACAAAACAGUCUGAUUACUGUCCAGGUACAUUUUAGAAAAAGUGUUUUUCCAGUUUGUGUUUUACUAAGCAAACUUUGAGUAAAUCCUUUGUCCUAUAUUGAAUCCAGUCCCAAAGUGCUCAGGUGAGUUUCUCUAGUUCCAUAAACAAAACAUACAUAGUGGGAACUCCCUGGUAUGCCGUAGAGCACACAACCCCAAUAUUAAUGCUGAUAAUUAUACCAGUCCAUUUCGUUUAUUCUGUGGAAUUGACUCGAUAAAGCAUGAAGAUAUUCCCAGUGUCUGAUAAUAUUUUGCACCUAAGAAUGGGUUUGACUCAAGAUCUUGGGUUACCAAGAUGUCUUCAAUGUUCAGUAAAUUAUCUUACUUACAGUCCAGUAACUUAGAACAUGUUUGCUGAUUACAUUUAAAUUUGGGGCUACAGCUUGUUACCUACAACUUUGAGAUGCUAAGAUAAUGCAAUUUUAAAUGCCCACGGGUUUUACUUGUUUUGGAGACAGACAGGGUCUCAUUCUGUCACCCAGACUAGAGUACAGUGGAACAGUCAUGGCUCACUGCAGCUUAAGCUCACUGCCUGGGCUCAAGGGAUCUCACUCCAGCCUCCCAAGCGGCUGAGACUGCACCACCACAGGUAUACAUCACCAUACCUGGCUGAUUUUUUAAAUUUUUUCUAGAGAUAAGGUCUCGCUAUGUUGCCCAGGCUGGUCUCAUACUCCUGAGUUCAAGCAUUCCUCCCACCUCCGCCUCCCAAACUGUUGGGAUUACAGGUGUGAGCCACCAUGCCCAACACCCACUGAUCUUCAACUCUCACAUGUUGGGCAUAAGAAGUCACUAUGUAAUUGUUACUGGAAAGCAAGAUUUAAUGAACAAUUCUGACUAUGAAAAAUGGCUCUUUGUUUGUUCUGUAAAUACUCAUUUAGAAAAGUGACAAUUGUGAACCUCAAAAGUAUUUCUAAAAAUGUAAAUAUGUAUUAAUCCUUGUAUCUUUUAUGGUAAUUUUGCAUAUUGAUAUGAAUUAUAUAAAACUGUUUAAAAGGUAUCCUUGAAUUACUGACCACCCAUACAUGUCUAUUGUUACCAGGUUUUACAAUGCAAAUUUUCUCUAAUACCUGGGUUUAAUACAGCUCACAUCACUGAAUUUUACAAGAGUUUAAAUGGGUUAAUAUACAGGUUUUGUUAUAAUAAAGUUACUGAUUAAAUUA